CGAAAGUGCAUUCAACAAUCAAGCAAAAAAGAAGCCAUUCAAAGUCUGGGCACCAGAAAGUUGUGUGAAAAUAACCGGAAAAUGCUCUGUUCAAACAAACUAUGGAAGGGAAUUGAGUGUUUGCGGUAUCGACAAUCCUCUCCGUGAAGAAGGGGGCGUUUCAAUUUGCCACCAUUGUUGAGUAAAUCAGAAAGGCCACAUGCACUGAAGCUUCUGAGUUUAAGCUAACACUGAAAGAGAUUCGUGCAAUUUGCUGUUAUUAUAGAUUGAUUGCUUGUUAAAGCCAUUUGAAGAGGGUCAUUCAAAAUGGUGGAAGGAGAUGCUGUAAAGGCAAACAAGGCAGAGUUUUUAGAAUGUUGGCAGACAACAUGGAAGACACCUUACAUUAUGCGCCUUGCUCUGUCUGCUGGAAUCGGCGGUCUCCUUUUCGGAUAUGACACCGGUGUGAUCUCUGGGGCUAUGCUCUACAUUCGAGAGGAUUUUGAAGUUGUUGACAGGAAAACAUGGCUACAGGAAACCAUUGUAAGUAUGGCUGUAGCAGGUGCUAUUGUGGGUGCGGCAAUUGGUGGCUGGAUGAACGAUAAAUUUGGUCGAAAAAAGUCGAUUCUAGUUGCCGAUGUCGUGUUCUUCCUUGGUGCUAUUGUCAUGGCUGUUGCUCCCUUUCCCGGGUUCAUUAUCGUUGGGAGACUUAUAGUAGGUUUUGGGGUCGGAAUGGCAUCCAUGACUGCUCCUCUUUACAUAUCAGAAGCUUCCCCUGCUAGGAUUAGGGGUGCUCUUGUCAGCACUAAUGGAUUGCUAAUCACUGGAGGACAAUUCCUUUCCUAUCUAAUCAACCUGGCUUUCACUAAGACAAAAUUAACAUGGCGUCUAAUGCUUGGAGUAGCAGGACUGCCAGCUUUGGUUCAGUUUGUUUUAAUGUUGUCACUGCCUGAGUCUCCUAGGUGGCUUUACAGACGGGACAGAGUAGAUGAAGCAAGAGGCAUACUGGAGAGGAUAUAUCCUGCUAAUCAAGUUGAUGAAGAGAUGAGAUUACUGCAUGAAUCUGUAGAAGCAGAAAAGGCAGAAGAAGGAGCAAUUGGAGAUGGAAGUAUAAUAGCCAAAGUUAAAGGAGCUUUGAACAGCCAAGUCGUCCGAAGAGGGCUCUACGCCGGGAUCAUUGUCCAAGUAGCACAGCAGUUCUGUGGUAUCAACACUGUCAUGUACUACAGUCCAACCAUCAUCCAGUUUGCUGGAUUUGCUUCUAAUACAACAGCCAUGGCGCUUUCUCUUGUUACUUCCUUUCUCAAUGCUGCUGGCACUGUUGUAAGCAUGAUCACGGUCGACAGAUAUGGGAGACGAAGACUUAUGAUGAUCUCGAUGAUCGGAAUUAUCACUUGCCUUGUGGUGUUGGCCGGAGUGUUUUUCCAAUCUGCUAGCCAUGCUCCAUCCGUGNUUGCCUUGGAAUCCACUCACUUUGGAAGUAACUCUACCUGUUCAGCCUAUAUCUCAGCUCCAGACGCAUCCUCAUGGAACUGCAUGUCAUGUCUAAAACAAAAUUGUGGAUUCUGUGCCAAUGGAGAUAGUGAGUAUCUUCCUGGAGCAUGCUUGGAUUUGACAAAGGCCGUAAGGGGAAAAUGUCGGUCGAAACACCGAGUAUGGUUCACAGAAGGCUGCCCGAGCAAAAUCGGCUUCUUGGCUGUGGUGGUGUUGGGGCUUUACAUCAUUUCAUAUGCACCAGGUAUGGGAACAGUACCAUGGGUGUUGAACUCUGAGAUUUACCCACUAAGAUACAGAGGAACUGGAGGAGGAAUUGCUGCAGUUUCAAAUUGGGUUUCAAAUCUGAUAGUGAGUCAAACAUUUUUGACAUUGGUGGAGGCUCUCGGGGCUGCUGGUACAUUCCUGCUGUUUGCAGGAUUCUCAUUACUUGGAUUGGUUGGUAUAUAUUUUUUAGUACCUGAAACUAAAGGAUUGCAGUUUGAAGAGGUUGAAGAGCUGCUCAAGCAAGGGAAGAAGCACAAGAGCAACAAAGGCCAGAAGGAAGUGUUAGCACAAUGAUUCUUGUAUUUUGUUUUGUCUUUUAGGUAAAUCUUCAGCAGAAUUGACAUGAACUUGUAUUUAACUAAUCUUCCUUGUGAAUAAGUUUUGGUAAGUUGGAAUAAAUUGUGCACGACAACAAUGCAUGAUUGACCAUUA